UUUGCAAAAGUAUGGUGACUCAUAAGGAGUUGAGGCAAUGGCCUCAACUUGCAUUUGCUUUAGCUCUUUGCUUGCUAGCUUCUUGUGUAGCUGAGGAUUCCAAGCCUUACAUUUAUGCAUCACCCCCACCGCCAAAGCACGUCGAUCCGGUUUACUAUUACAAGUCGCCACCCCCACCGUAUUACUACAAGUCUCCUCCUCCACCUAAGAAAUCUCCACCGCUGCCGUAUUACUACAAGUCUCCUCCUCCACCUAAGAAAUCUCCACCACCGCCGUAUUACUACAAGUCUCCUCCUCCACCUAAAAAAUCUCCACCACCACCGUAUUACUACAAGUCUCCUCCUCCACCUAAAAAAUCUCCACCACCCCCAUAUUACUACAAGUCUCCUCCUCCACCUAAAAAAUCUCCACCACCCCCAUAUUACUACAAGUCUCCUCCUCCACCUAAAAAAUCUCCACCACCCCCAUAUUACUACAAGUCUCCUCCUCCACCUAAAAAAUCUCCACCACCCCCAUAUUACUACAAGUCUCCUCCUCCACCUAAAAAAUCUCCACCACCCCCAUAUUACUACAAGUCUCCUCCUCCACCUAAAAAAUCUCCACCACCCCCAUAUUACUACAAGUCUCCUCCUCCACCUAAAAAAUCUCCACCACCCCCAUAUUACUACAAGUCUCCUCCUCCACCUAAAAAAUCUCCACCACCCCCAUAUUACUACAAGUCUCCUCCUCCACCUAAAAAAUCUCCACCACCCCCAUAUUACUACAAGUCUCCUCCUCCACCUAAAAAAUCUCCACCACCCCCAUAUUACUACAAGUCUCCUCCUCCACCUAAAAAAUCUCCACCACCCCCAUAUUACUACAAGUCUCCUCCUCCACCUAAAAAAUCUCCACCACCCCCAUAUUACUACAAGUCUCCUCCUCCACCUAAAAAAUCUCCACCACCCCCAUAUUACUACAAGUCUCCUCCUCCACCUAAAAAAUCUCCACCACCCCCAUAUUACUACAAGUCUCCUCCUCCACCUAAAAAAUCUCCACCACCCCCAUAUUACUACAAGUCUCCUCCUCCACCUAAAAAAUCUCCACCACCCCCAUAUUACUACAAGUCUCCUCCUCCACCUAAAAAAUCUCCACCACCCCCAUAUUACUACAAGUCUCCUCCUCCACCUAAAAAAUCUCCACCACCCCCAUAUUACUACAAGUCUCCUCCUCCACCUAAAAAAUCUCCACCACCCCCAUAUUACUACAAGUCUCCUCCUCCACCUAAAAAAUCUCCACCACCCCCAUAUUACUACAAGUCUCCUCCUCCACCUAAAAAAUCUCCACCACCCCCAUAUUACUACAAGUCUCCUCCUCCACCUAAAAAAUCUCCACCACCCCCAUAUUACUACAAGUCUCCUCCUCCACCUAAAAAAUCUCCACCACCCCCAUAUUACUACAAGUCUCCUCCUCCACCUAAAAAAUCUCCACCACCCCCAUAUUACUACAAGUCUCCUCCUCCACCUAAAAAAUCUCCACCACCCCCAUAUUACUACAAGUCUCCUCCUCCACCUAAAAAAUCUCCACCACCCCCAUAUUACUACAAGUCUCCUCCUCCACCUAAAAAAUCUCCACCACCCCCAUAUUACUACAAGUCUCCUCCUCCACCUAAAAAAUCUCCACCACCCCCAUAUUACUACAAGUCUCCUCCUCCACCACCUAAAAAAUCUCCACCACCACCAUAUUACUACAAGUCUCCUCCUCCACCUAAAAAAUCUCCACCACCACCGUAUUACUACAAGUCUCCUCCACCACCUAAGAAAUCUCCACCGCCGCCGUAUUACUACAAGUCUCCUCCCCCACCUAAGAAAUCUCCACCACCACCGUAUUACUACAAGUCUCCCCCUCCACCACCUAAAAAAUCUCCCUCACCGCCGUACUACUACAAGUCUCCUCCUCCACCACCUAAAAAAUCUCUACCGUCGCCGUAUUACUACAAGUCUCCUCCUCCACCUAAAAAAUCUCCACCACCCCCGUAUUACUACAAGUCUCCUCCUCCACCAAAGAAAUCUCCACCGCCCCCGUAUUACUACAAGUCUCCUCCUCCACCACCUAAGAAAUCUCCACCACCGCCUUAUUACUAUAGUUCUCCACCACCACCUAAAAAAUCUCCACGCCCACCAUACUACUACAAAUCACCACCCCCUCCAUCACCAUCACCUCCACCCCCAUACUAUUACAAGUCUCCCCCACCACCGUCUCCAUCUCCUCCGCCACCAUACUACUAUAAUUCUCCUCCACCACCUAAAAAGUCUCCACAUCCUCCUUACCAUUAUAAAUCUCCACCUCCACCAUCUCCAUCACCCCCACCCCCUUACUAUUACAAAUCACCUCCACCACCGUCACCCUCUCCUCCUCAUCACUACUAUUAUAAAUCUCCACCACCACCCCCUCCACACCGCCAUUACUAAAAUAGUCACUGAUUUCCAUUUUCAAAAUAUAUAUCAAGAAGUUGUUGUUUCACAUGCAUAAUCUAUAAUGCUCCUUGAUAUACAAGUGUAUGUACUUUCAUAAUUGAUAUGAAUAAAAGAGUGUUUUAACUUCGUUU